AGUUAUACAUGUAAAAAUUGUUCGACAAUGAACAUGACUUGUAUAAUUCUAUUAAGUAUUGUUGCAUUAAGUAAGGCAGCUUUCUUUCAUCAAGGUCAUGGUUAUAUUACAGCUUCGUGUAAUUUGUACGACCCGACUGGGAAGAACAAUGUCUAUGGUCAGCUGAACUUUUACCAGAAAUAUGGAAGCCAAGAAGUGUCGAUAAGGGGAAAGAUUAAUGAGCUAAGUCCAGGAUUACAUGGUUUUCAUGUCCAUACAAAAGGAGAUGUAAGACAAAAUUGUACCAGUGCAGGAGGUCAUUUUAACCCAUUAAAUAAAAAUCAUGGAGCACCCUACGAUGAUAUCCGCCAUGUUGGAGAUCUUGGGAAUGUCAAGGCCAACCUGUGGGGAGUAGCUGACAUUAAUAUUGAUGAUUACACGAUAAGCUUACAAGGAACUUCAGGCAGGUCAAUCCUGAACAGAGCCAUAGUGAUUCAUGCUGGUGAGGAUGAUUUAGGACGAGGGGGUGAUGCCGGAAGUUUGAAAACCGGAAAUGCAGGUGGAAGACUUGGUUGUUGUCAAAUCAAAGCAACAUGAAUAUUUAUUUUAUAAUUACAUGUUUUUGAUAAAAAAAAAACAUACCAUGAUAAACAAUUUGAA